AUGGCUCAAAGACAGAGACACGGCGUAUCCUGUUCGUAGUUUGAUUCCACGGUCAAGAUCUAGGUGCUUAAGUGUUUUGUACAAAGCUAACUGUGUUUUGCAUAUAUACACACAAAUAUCAGUUCCCCCACUUCUCCUACUCCCACAGACAUCAACUGCUCAUUCCGCGCCAAGGAGCCAGUGUCGCCAAUUGCCUUCGCCGGAGAACUGUUUUCAAAUGUCUAGCGAGAGUGAAGCUGCGGACGUUAACUCCUACACGGCCUUCGGUGGCGAGGACAUGCAACUCUUCAGAGAUGCUGUUCGUUCUUUGCCUUCUCACGUCGUAAAGGACUUGCUAUCCAUUGGGGUAUGCAUGAGAUGCAUCUUUCGGCUGUUUGGGAUGCAUGGACAUGUUUAUUCUUGCUCUUCUCCCUCAUCGUUAGUUAUGUGUGCUAUUCUUGGAGAGCCAUCAUGUCCAGAAGAGCAUAUGGCAGUAUCCAGCUUGAAAGGAGACGAAGACAAGAAAGAUCCUUCUUCAUCUGAUGAUUCAGAAGUUGAGCCAGAAAUAUGCAGCAUUUGUUUGGGUAUCUUGCAGUUCAUUUACUAUGAUGCUAAAGGAAUGCUGGUGAAAAAAAGAAGUGCUAUUAGCUUAGCUCUAUCAAUUUCUGAACAGAUAAAGAAAGAGGGUAAUCAGCUUGAUAGCUUUUCUCUUGAAGUCUCCAUACCACCAGUUAUCCAGGAAAAUGAACAUAAUAUUCAUUUGUAUAUGAAAAGGAAGUACCGAUCAGAGCUAUGGUUCGAAGAAAGACUUUCUAAAUGCAUUUCUACAAAGGAAGCCUUGAAGUUUGCAAUGGCAAAUCUGCUUGAAAAAGUUUUGGAUGUAAAAUCUGGUCCAAGCUCUUGUCGUAUCCGUUUGACAUAUGCCCAAACUAAGCCAUCAAGUAUGGUUCCAAAUUUAGCGGCAGGAGGUGAAGGUUGCAAGAGAAGAAAAACAGUUGCUAAUCCUGGUUUCGACUCUGUCAAUAAUAAGUUAGUGGAUGCUAGCAAUGAAUGUUUUGAUUUCUCUACAACCAACAGAAAUGCUUUAGGUGAGAGUUCUACUAAUGGUCUGGAAGACCAUGAAUCUUCUGAGUGCAUCAUCUUCCCCAAGGAUAAGGUCAAUGAACCCUGCCAUUUGGUGUUUCUUUACUACAGGACACCUAUAUACAUUGGUGGAAGAUACCUGAAGUUCUCGAGGAAUGUGAGUCAAACACGUUGGAUCAUUGAUGAUGAAAGAAUGGGAGAAGCAUCUGUCGAGGAGAUAAUAGGUGGCAACAUCCUUCCCGCGUGUCAUGGUGACAGUUACAAGUUUCAUGCUGCUGGUAGAGAGGAUAUCGAUGUUCGAAUGCUGGGUUCAGGCAGGCCUUUCCUGGUUGAGAUACAAAAUGCCCGCCAAGUCCCAUCUGAGGCUCUUGUGAAAGAAAUAGAGACUAAGAUAAAUAACUUAAAUACUAAAUUGGUUGCAGUUAAAAAUCUUAAAAUGGUAGCCAAUGAGGGCUGGACUCUGAUGCAUGAAGGGGAAGCAGAAAAGCAGAAGCAAUAUUGUGCGCUAGUGUGGAUUUCUCGCCCACUUGAAGAUCAAGACUUGCAGUCAAUUGCUUCCCUCAAGGACUUGCAAAUUUUGCAGAAAACCCCAAUUAGGGUGCUUCACCGUCGGAGUCCAUUAGAACGUGAAAAGAUUAUACAUUGGAUGAAAAUAGAAACAAUUGCUGAGAGCUCUCAAUAUUUUCUUUUGCAUCUAUGUACCCAGGCUGGGACAUAUAUCAAAGAAUUUGUACAUGGGGAUCUAGGGCGUACAUGUCCAAGCAUUGGAUCAAUUCUAGGAUGCAGAGCAGAGAUCCUCCAACUCGAUGUUACUGAUGUGAAAAUGGACUGUUUCCUGGUCGAAUGAGUUGGUUGCCAUUAUAUUGAGACUGGUUUUGCCUGUCGAACUAGUCCUUUGACUACUUUCCAUCUGCUAUUUUUGAGGUUUGAAGAUGUUUUUGCGUUCAAUAUUAGGGGCAAUUUUUUUACUAUGUUCACGAAACCAUCAAGGAAUCCAUGUCUGCUACUUUUUCCA